CAAAGUGAUUUAUCUUAUUAUGGCGUUAAGAGAGAUGAUAAUAGAUGAGAGUGAUGACAUAGAGAGCUACAGUGAUCAAUCUCUUUGUCUAGAUAAAGCCAAGGAGCUUCUUGCUCUCAUCAAGCUACCCACGGGAUUGUUGCCAUUGAAGGAUAUGACAGAAGUUGGGUACAACAAAACGAAAGGGUUUGUGUGGAUGAGGAUGAGAAGCAAGAUUGAGCAUACAUUCCGUGAAAUAGGUCGCAAAGUGUUAUAUGACACGGAGAUAACUGCGUUUGUUGAGGACCGUCGUAUGAGGAGACUUACCGGAGUCAAAAGCAAGGAGCUCAUGAUCUGGGUUCCUGUGAACGAUAUCUUUAUCAAGAAAAAGAUCCUGAGAAGAUCACCUUUGCUAAUACCACCGGCCUGUCACGAACAUUUAAAGUUUCAGCAUUUCAAUGUGAGGGUUGAUAAAUCAGAAGAAAAGAGGAGUAACCAGACUUCCUUGAUGUCAGCAACCAAUAAAGAACAGAAGUUGUUCCAUACUCAAUAAGAGACAGUUUAAUUAAAUAUCAUAAGGACACGCCUUUCUUACAGUGAAUUGCUUAUGGAUCAUCACAGUAAAUGAAUAAGUUUUGAAAUUCA